CAUUGCUUUUUUUUCUAUCUCUAAAAAGUGGCCCAUAAGGUAGCAAAAAGUGGGUAAUUGUGUGUAGGUGUGUAUCGUCGAGCUUUUUUUUCACCGGAAGUCAGGUUUACACUUCCCGCGAAAUCGAAUACACACCGCGGGAAUCUGAAACCUUUAGCCAAUGAAAUUACAGCACUGUACAAUCAGCCGCGAUUCCCGCGAAAGUAAGGAAAACUGCGGAAAUUGCACAAGUAACGUAGAAGAAGAAGACGACUUCAAGGAUAGAAGAUUGAAGACAGAAGAAGACGGGUUGGAAAUCAUAACAUUUUUACAAACACCGACCUCUGCAUCCAUCAGAGCCAUUAUGUCCAUAAGGAGGAGGAGGAAAAAGCCUAUAGACGAUGCAAAGACAUACAUUCUGUCUUGCACUGACAAGGAUGGGUUUAUGCCGAGAUUCAUUGACCAUUACAAAGGAAGAGGAGUGUUUGCCACACAACCCAUUGAACCCGGGGACUUCGUGUUGGAGUACAGGGGUAAACUCCUCACACAGGAGGAAAGCAAGUCAAGAAAAUACUCAGAGAUUGAAAGCACAUUUCUCUUUGACUUUCAGUGGCAGAAUCAUCACUUAUGCCUGGAUGCAUCGCAAGACGAUUUUUCUCUAGGACGUUUGGUCAACGACAACCACCAAAAUCCGAAUUGCGUUAUGAAAAAAAUCAUAGUUGACAACAAACCACAUUUGUGCCUAUUUUCUCUGAAGAAAAUAGAAAUAGGAGAUGAAAUUGAUUACAACUAUGGUGAUUCAAAAUGGCCUUGGCGCAGUAAGUUGAAAAAAACCCAAGCUCCUGCUGCCGCAGUAGAGAAUGAGACCAGCCCUGUUCUUCAGAUGCUAAAUGAUGGACCAAACCCAGAUCAGACCUGCUCAGAGGUGAAAGGCCUUCAGACUCCUGAUGCAGCUGAAGAGAAUGAGACCAGCCCUGUUCCUCAGAUGCUAAAUGAUGGACCAAACCCAGAUCAGACCUGCUCAGAGGUGAAAGGCCUUCAGACUCCUGCUGCCGCAGUAGAGAAUGAGACCAGCCCUGUUCCUCAGAUGCUAAAUGAUGGCCCAAACCCAGAUCAGACCUGCUCAGAGGUGAAAGGCCUUCAGACUCCUGCUGCAGCAGUAGAGAAUGAGACCAGCCCUGUUCCUCAGAUGCUAAAUGAUGGACCAAACCCAGAUCAGACCUGCUCAGAGGUGAAAGGCCUUCAGACUCCUGCUGCAGCAGAAGAGAAUGAGACCAGCCCUGUUCCUCAGAUGCUAAAUGAUGGACCAAACCCAGAUCAGACCUGCUCAGAGGUAUUUACUGUCCAAGGAUUUUCACUGGUUGAUUAUCCAGAUAGUGAUGAAACUGAUGAGGAUGGUAUGGAAAACGAACCUCCCACCCCACACCUGGAUGUUAUUAUAGGGCAGAAUGAUAUUGGCCCAGAUGUUUCAGAUCAUUUGUACAAUUCAGAUGAAACUGUUGUGAAAGAAACUUGUGAUGAGGCUUCUUCAAGCAACCAUUCCAACAAUGAAUCGGAUGAUGAACUUGUUCCACGGCUGAGACGCACAAAAAGCAUUCUGAUGGAUAGAGUACAAGAUUUUACACACGGUCUCCAUGAUUCAAGUAGUGACAGUGCAGAGGAGACUCCUUUUUUUAAUCCUGAAAGGGUUUCACAGAAGCUGAGAAGAAGGUCUUGCCGUCCCAUUCAGAUGAAUCUCGUGGAAUCAGAUGACUCAAACUUAGGUAGCGAAGAGGAGUAUAUUCCAAAUCCCAGGGAUGAAAGCACAGAAAGUGAUAGCAGUAUGGAAUUAACCCUGGAAAAGGAAAAAAAGAAGAAAGGUGCAUCAUCCGGUAAGAGCAAGUUUAAGCCCAGAGAAAGAAGUAGAUCCUCCCGAGAGAGUGGAAGCGAGUCCUCCAGACAGAGCAAGUCUAAGUCCAUGGAGAGUGGAAGUAGAUCCGCCCGAGAGAGUGGAAGCGAGUCCUCCAGACAGAGCAUGUCUAAGUCCAUGGAGAGUGGAAGUAGAUCCUCCCGAGAGAGUGGAAGCGAGUCCUCCAGACAGAGCAUGUCUAAGUCCAUGGAGAGUGGAAGUAGAUCCUCCCGAGAGAGUGGAAGCGAGUCCUCCAGACAGAGCAAGUCUAAGUCCAUGGAGAGUGGAAGUAGAUCCUCACGAAAGAGUGGAAGCGAGUCCUCCAGACAGAGCAAGUCUAAGUCCAUGGAGAGUGGAAGUAGAUCCUCCCGAGAGAGUGGAAGCGAGUCCUCCAGACAGAGCAAGUCUAAGCCCGGGGAAAGUGGAAGUAGAUCCUCACGAAAGAGUGGAAGCGAGUCCUCCAGACAGAGCAAGUCUAAGCCCGGGGAAAGUGGAAGUAGAUCCUUACGAAAGAGUGGAAGCGAGUCCUCCAGACAGAGCAAGUCUAAGUCCAUGGAGAGUGGAAGUAGAUCCUCCCGAGAGAGUGGAAGCGAGUCCUCUAGUCAUAGCCAAUUUGACUUUAGCCAGAGAAGACUUUUGGAAAGAUGUCAUGAUCCCACACAAAGAUUUCCAAAUAGCAGAGUUGAUGGGAAUGAAAAGGAAAUCGCAACAUUUUCUGAAAACAGUGUUUCAGUGCCCCUGGAAGAAGAGCAGUACAUGAUUGUCAGUCCAACUUUAAAGAAAGAUGACGGAUCCAGAAGCUAUAACAAGAAACAUUUCUGCUUUUAUUGCAAGAAGUUUGUCCAGAAAAUGUCAAGACACUUAUGGCGUAAACACCAAGAUGAAUCGGAUGUUGCGAAAGCAUUCAGUUUACCAAAAAACUCAAAGGAAAGAAAACUACAAUUGGACUACAUACGAAAUAAGGGAAACUUCGAGCACAACAGUCAUGUUUUGGAAAAAAAAAAAGGAAAACUAAUCCCAUGUAAACAACCAGUAAAAAAGUCAGACGGACAUAAAUUUGCACAUUGCAUUCAUUGCUAUGGGCUGUUCUCAAGAAGAGCGAUGUGGCGGCAUUUCAAGGUCUGCAGCUUCAAACCCAAAAAUGCUAAACCUGGUAAAAAUAGAGUUCAGGCAUUAUGUGCUUUCGCUGAACCUUCUCCAUCAGAAUAUACAGAUGCGUAUUGGAAGUUCUUGAGUGUAAUGAUUCAGGACGAGAUCACAGUUGCAAUUAAAGGAGACAACUGCAUCCUCAAUUAUGGGUUCAGGUUGUUCAAAAAGAAUGAGAAGAUAGUCAGUCAACACCAGUAUAUACGCCAAAAACUGCGAGAACUUGGCAGGCUUUUAUUGGAAGCUAAAAAAAUCACACGUGUGAGGACCAUUCAAGAACUCAUCAAACCUGAACAGUACUCACAGGUUGUCAGAGCUGCAAAGAACCUAUCUGGAUUCAGUGAGGAAACUGGGAUAUACCAAUGUCCAUCUCUUGCACGCAAGGUAGGACACAGCCUGCAUUCGUUGGCUAUGUUUAUCAAGUCCGAAGGACUGAAAAAGAGAGAUAAGGAAACCAUUAAAGAUGCUGAGGAGUUCGCACAGUUGUAUUUAGAGAGUUGGAGGUUUGAUAUUGCAGGCCAGGCAUUAACCCAGCUUAACCGGGCCAAAUGGAAUGCACCGCAACUUUUACCUCUUACACAAGAUAUCCAAAAGCUACAUUGCUAUCUAGAAGAAAAACAGCAGCAACAUCUCAAAGAUUUAAAAGAACAUCGUUCAUCCACAAAUUGGAAGGAACUUGCAAAAGUAACGUUGACUCAAGUUAUGCUUUUUAAUCGGCGGAGAGCAGGUGAAGUGUCCCGAAUGCACCUGUCUGCAUACUUAUCGAAAGACACAUCAGAGGAACAGGGAGAUGUAAAUUUGGCCCUCACACCGCUUGAGCAGAAGCUCUGCAGGCAUUUCGUGCGAAUAGCAAUUGUUGGAAAAAGAGGAAGGAAGGUUCCAGUUCUUCUAACCCCAUUAAUGAGAGAAUCACUUGAUGCUCUUACUGAGUGCAGAGAAGUAUGUGGGGUGCUGAAGGACAAUGAAUAUCUGUUUGCAUUGCCACAAUCUGCCCAUUACCUCAGGGCUUGUGACUGCAUGAGGCAAUUUGUCAGUGAAUGCGGUGACAUAAAAAAUCCUCAAGCGCUAAAAUCAAUUCAACUGAGGAAACAUAUUGCUACCCUGUCUACUGUUUUGAACCUCAAAACCACCGAGCUCGACCAGUUGGCAGACUUCCUCGGUCAUAAUAUCGCUGUUCACAGGAAACACUACAGGCUCCCAGAAAGCACCCUUCAAUUAGCCAAAGUGAGUAAAGUCCUCCUCGCAAUGGAACAAGGACGCCUAGGAGAUUACAAAGGAAAGAGCCUCGAUGAAAUACAAGUCGAUGUGAAUGAGACCAUUGACAUGGAGGGACCUUUAGCUGAGGAUAUUGAAGAUGUCGGUAUGCUAAGAGAUGAUGGGUCAGACGAUGAGCUCAUAUCAUCCACGCAAGAAUGUACCUCCACAUCACAAAGUCAAAACCAGAGAGUGUCUUCAACCGAUGUCAGUAUGCCAAGAGAAGAGGGGUCAGAAGAUGAGGUCAGCGUGUCAUCCCUGCAAGAAUGUCCCUCCACAUCACAAGUCCAAAACCGGAGUGUGUCUGCAAAAAAGAGAGGAAAACAAACGGCCGUCAAAAGAAGCUGGACCCCAGACGAGUGUGCUGCCGUGGACACACAUUUGAGGAGAUUUAUUGUAAUGAAUCAAGUUCCUGGGAAAGAAGAAUGUCAGCGCUGCAUUACUGCAGAACCUCAAGCUCUCAGAAAUAGAGACUGGAAAGCAGUUAAAUAUUAUGUAAAAAAUCGCAUUACAGCCCUGAGAAGAAAAGUCUAGUGUGAAAAGCACUGGAACUGAGGUAAUGAAUGUUGGAUGGAUGUAGGAUAGAUGUUGGAAGGAUGGAUGUAGGGUAGAUGUUGGAAGGAUGGAUGUAGGGUAGAUGUUGGAAGGAUGGAUGUAGGGUAGAUGUUGGAAGGAUGGAUGUAGGGUAGAUGUUGGAAGGAUGGAUGUAGGAUAGAUGUUGGAAGGAUGGAUGUAAGGUAGAUGUUGGAAGGAUGGAUGUAGGGUAGAUGUUGGAAGGAUGGAUGUAGGGUAGAUGUUGGAAGGAUGGAUGUAGGAUAGAUGUUGGAAGGAUGGAUGUAGGGUAGAUGUUGGAUGGAUGAAUAAAGGGUAGAUGUUGGAUAUAUGGAUGGAUGUUGGAUGGAUAUUGAUUUAUUCUUGUUUAUUUUAAUAUCUUUUUUUUAUUUAUUUUAGGGCCUGAACACUGAAAGUGUGUUGGGAAUAUGUUAAAUAUUUCACAUUUCAAGGAUUUUUCAUUUCUUUAAAUAUCUGUGCAUCAUGAUUUCAAAAUUUGUUAAAACUUUCUAAAAUGUAAUUUGUUUGUUGUUUAAAAACUAAAAUUUGUUUUAAUCAUUUCAUAAAAAGUUGGACUGACAACUGUGUGGCAUAAACUGUCAUUAAAAUAAAACUGGUCAUUUCAGUUGUCAUAAAACUGUCUUUAAAGUCGUAUGUCUUGUUAUCUGUAAAGGCAGAUGGAAAGUUUCACAUAUAUACAUAAUUACUAUAAUUACUCAUUUUAAUUAUUAUAAUUACUCAUUACAAAACUAUUUUAGUCCAAAAUAAGGAAACUGGGAGUAAUAAUAAAGGCUGGUGUCAGCAGCUGCAGAUAGUGACCUUGGGCCCCAUUAACAUAUAAAAACUUGGUAUGUAUGUGUGUAUGUGGGCAGACCCCACAAGUCGGCAAUCCUAGAAACGGGGCCCACAAGGGGCCAAAUACCUUUUUGGACAAAACUUUAGAAAUUUGUCAAAUUGAAGUGAUAUUAAUGAUUUAGAUUUUUUUUUAGAUCUAAUGUUAUUUUUUACAGCAGUGUAGGACCACUGCAAAGGGUGGAUCCCACAACGCAUAAAAAAACUUGUGGGCCCCAUUAGGGGGCCUCCGUCAGAAUGUGUGUGUGUGUGUGUGUGUGAAC